AUGGGCAUCAUCAAAACAGCCAUGCUAUCUGGCGUCGCCAUUUAUGGUGUCAACCAGAUCGCCAAGACAGCUCAGAACCGUGGCAAUCAUUCCAACAAUGCACCGGCUCAUCGUCGUGACUACUCCUAUGACCGAUCACCACCGCUUCAACCUCUUGACCGUCGUCAACACUCCUCUAGUAACACUCGCGACCUUCCUGAUGCCGACGUCUAUGACUACCCGAGCCACAACAGUCAACAACGCCAGCGAUUUCGCCUCGAAGACCCACAACAACACUACCAACGAUCCCCACCUGCAGAUCAGCGAGCUUACCACCACAACGACGAUAGCAAUUACGAUCCAGCUCGCCCUCGCAACCGAUCGGUAUACAACGACGACUACGCUUAUACCUCAGGCCGUUCGCCUUCUGCGCCCCCGCAGUACUCCCCUCGUCAUGCAGAUAACCGGUAUCAGGCUGGCUUUAUCGAGGAUGACGAGGUCAGCUACGAUCCAAGGGGUUUGCAAGGCAGUAGCAGUGGAGGAAGUAAGGCAGACUUGCUCAAUGGAUUGAUGCAGCAGGCCAUGGGUUCGGAAUUGAUUGGCGGAGGUGGCAAGGGAAAGAAAGGCAAAGAUGGUGGAAAAGGGCAGUUGUUGGCAGGGCUGAUGAAUUCAAAGUAG